AUGAUCUCGCGCCCAAGCUUCUCGUCCCAGCACACGGACUAUGCGGACGAGGGCAAGUCGUACUCGUCCACCACACAUCUGGCGCAGAAGGAGUGGGGACCGGGCGAUCUCGUACCGCCUGUCCCUCUCCUCCCGCACCAGCAGAACUCACUAUACGGCUACCCACCCCAAUCCGCCCGUUCACCAGCACCCUUCCAGAAUGGUUACGGCCAGCAGCCUUACCAGCAACAACCGCCACCCUCGGCAACGGGAUGGAACAACUGGGGCACGCAGCACUGGCAGCAGAUGCGCAACAACCUGCUGGAGCGGCGCGUCGUCAAGCAGAUCCCGCUGCACAAUGGGAAUCUGGUGAUGGACGUACCGGUGCCAAAGGGGGUGGUGCCGAGCCAGAAGGGAAUGGGAGAGGAGCCCGAGGAGAUGGAGAAGCUGCGGUACACGGCGGCGACGUGUGAUCCGGACGAGUUCAUGCAGCGGAAGUUUACUCUGCGGCAGUUCCUGUACGGGCGGAAGACGGAGCUCUUCAUUGUUAUGACCAUGUACAAUGAAGACUCAGGCCUGCUGCUCCGAACCCUCAACGCCGUCAUCAAGAACAUCGCACACCUUACCACCCGAGACCGGUCCAAGACAUGGGGACGUGACUCGUGGAAGAAGGUCGUCGUCUGUAUCGUCGCGGACGGGCGCAAAGUCGUCGAUCCACGGGUCUUGCGCGUCCUCCAGCUCAUGGGCGUCUACGCCGAGGGAGUCGCCAAGGACACGGUCGCCGGCAAGGAAGUCCAAGCGCACAUCUACGAAUGCACCUCGCAGGUCGUCGUAUCGGACAACGGGGACGUCGGAUUCGGGACCGUCCCGAUCCAGCUCCUCUUCUGUCUCAAGGAGAAGAAUCAGAAGAAGCUCAACUCGCACCGCUGGUUCUUCAACGCUUUUGGACCGCUGCUCAAGCCCAACGUCUGCGUCCUGCUCGACGUCGGUACCAAGCCGUCCGGGACGAGCAUUUACGAGCUAUACAAGUGCUUUGAGAAGCAUCCAAACGUAGGCGGGGCGUGUGGGGAGAUCUUUGCGGAUACCGGCAAGUUUGGGAAGUUGCUCUGGAACCCGAUUGUCGCCGGGCAGAACUUUGAGUACAAGAUGUCCAACAUCCUCGACAAGCCCUUCGAGUCUGUCUUUGGUCUCAUCUCGGUCCUUCCCGGAGCCUUCUCCGCAUACCGCUACGAAGCCGUCAAGAACCAUCCCGACGGUACCGGCCCCCUCGCCAGCUACUUCCACGGCGAGAUGAUGAAUCUCCCUGGAGCCACUGCGUCCAUCUUUGACCGUAACAAGUUCUUGGCGGAGGAUCGGAUCCUGGCCUUUGAGAUCGUCACCAAAAAGAACGCGCGGUGGAGAUUGCAGUAUGUCAAGAGUGCAAAGGCGGGGACGGACGUGCCGUCGACCGUACCGGAGUUUAUCAGUCAGCGGAGGAGAUGGCUGAACGGAUCAAUCUUUGCUGCGACGUACGCUAUGGUCUGUUUCUACCGGAUCUGGACAUCUGGGCACAGUAUCUUCCGGAAGUUUGCGCUCAUGAUCUUGACCCUCUACAACCUGGUCAACCUUAUCUUCAACUGGCUGUCCAUCUCGUCGUUCUACCUGGCCUUCUUCUUCCUCAUCAGCUCGAGUAUCAAGGGUGCUACCGACCCAUUCGGCGGUGCCGGAGAUGAGAUCUUUCAGAUCUUCAACAAGGUCUACAUCGGCUUGCUCUUCGUCGUGGUGGUGUGUUCCCUCGGCAACCGACCGCAAGGCUCGAAUGUCAUGUACACUCUCUGCAUGAUCAUGUUCGCCAUCUGCCAAGGUCUCCUCCUGUACUGUGCCGGCUGGACAGUAUACCAAACGGUACCCCACACCGCAGCAGGCUGGAGGGACUGGAAAGGUCUCAUGGCCAACCGGACCUUUGUCGACCUUGCCGCUUCCCUUGUCGCCACAUACGGUCUCUACCUCAUCUCAUCCCUCCUCUACUUUGAGCCCUGGCACAUGCUCACCUCUUUCGUCCAAUACCUUCUCCUCCUCCCUUCCUACGUCAACAUCCUCCUCAUCUACGCCUUUUGCAACCUGCACGAUGUAUCCUGGGGCACCAAGGGCGAUAAUGGCGCUGCUAAGGAUCUGGGUCAGGCGAAGAAGGUGGAGAAGGAUGGGAAAGAGAUGGCCGAGGUGGCAAUGCCGACGAGGCAGGAGGAUGUGGAUGCGCUGUGGGCGCAGGCGAGGCAGGAGCUUUGGGUGCCGGAGAAGGAAAAGAGGGAGAAGCGGUCGGCAGAGACAAAGAGGGCAGAUCAAGACAGAACAUUCCGAACAAACAUCGUCCUCCUCUUCCUCGGCUCCAACAUGCUGGUUAUCCUCCUCUUCACUUCCAGCGUGUUCACAGACUGGAUCAACCGGAAUUUCACAGUUGCAAGCUCAUCAGGAUUCAAUCCUUAUCUAACGGUCAUCUUUUACGCUGUCUUGGGCCUGUCAACAUUGCGGUUUGUCGGAUGCUGCUUGUAUCUCAUCUUUAGGUUGUGCGGUUAUUAG